AUGAGCCAGACGCCGCGCCUGACAGGCUGCCAGCUCAAAGCCAUGCCGAAGCGUGCGCAGCCGGCGCCAAAAUCCAAGUCGAGAGCUGCGAAGGCUAAGACCAAGCCUUCCAAGGACGAAGCGCCGCUGAGUUUCGACACUGUUCCGACUGCCGAGAGUUUCGAGAAGCUGUUCGGCAAGCCAGAGCUGAGUGUGCCCAAAGAGGAUGUGGACCAGGACGCCCAGGACCCAUUCCAGCCGGACGAUGCAGCCAGCAGUUCCCGACCAGCUCUUGCUGAGCUGCCCACGCGCUUGCCGGACCUUGCUGAGAGUACCCCAGCGCCAGCUGAUAAGGAGGAGGCCUUUGGAGCCGCCCCGGACGCUUCCUUGCCGGCUGAUCCGGCCCUUGCUGAGACUGCCCCAGCACCAGCUUAUCAGGAGAUUGCGGCCUUUGGAGCCGCGCUGGACACCUCCUUGCCGGCUGAUCCGGCCCUUGCUGAGACACCAGCUGAUCAGGAGAUCGCUGCCUUUGGAGCCGCGCUGGACGCUUCCUUGCCGGCUGAUCCGGCCCUUGCUGAGACUAUCCCAGCACCAGCUGAUGAGGAGAUUGCGGCUUUUGGAGCCGCGAUGGACACCUCCUUGCCGGCUGAUCCGGCCCUUGCUGAGACACCAGCCGAUCAGGAGAUCGCUGCCUUUGGAGCCGCGCUGGACGCUUCCUUGCCGGCUGAUCCGGCCCUUGCUGAGACUAUCCCAGCACCAGCUGAUCAGGAGACUGCGGCCUUUGGAGCGGCGCUGGACGCCGCCUUGCCAGCUGAUGACCCAGCCGAGACUGUACCAGCGCCAGCUGAUCAGAAGAUUGGGGCCCCUGGGGCCGCGUGCACCUUGCUGGACACCAACGUCAACACGGCGCCGGUCACGCCACCAACGGAGGGCCGCCCGAGGUCUACUGCUGGGUCGCCCGCGGUCGCUGCAGCGUCCGGCGCAG